AUGGCAAUCCAAACAGAGCAACUGGUCACGCGCCCUUUCAGCGAAAUCAUUGAGCGCGGCAACGAAGCCAUCGCGCAGGCUGAGGAUGUCUCUGACGAAGAUGAGGAUGUGAGCUGGAGGAUGCUUAAGGCGGGGCAGGCCCUCGUCAAGGAGGGCGAGAGGGCUAUGAAAAGACUAGUCCCCAUGGUUAAGGAUCAGACACCCGAGUUUGGUGAUGCGCUCAAAGACCUAAUGACACGAGAUGGCGAGGUCAAGGACAAACAGCGAGCCUUAGACGGCAUGCUUUACGACUUUGAGGAUUAUAUCGAGGUCGACUCUUUCGACGAGGCCAAAUUCAAGGAGCUCCAGGCUGCUGCGAAGUCUCUUGCGCUCACGAUAAUGGAAGCAGUCAGAGGAAUGGUCAUCGAGCCGACCAAGGAGCUGCCGCGGCCGACCGUUUUCCCUCCGCUACCCCCUCUCCCUCGAACAGCGCGCACAGGUUCUCAAUCAUCCAAGACAUCAACCCAUCCAGUGCGACCUGCAACAUCGGUUCCCAGCAAGGAGUCUCAACAACAGUCCCUCUGGCCAAAUAAGCAGCCUUCCACGAAGGGCGCAAGAGUCAGGUCGGGUUCAGCCGGAGAAUCUAACGCACCGAUACCCAGCAGUCCAGAGGCCUGGCCUCGACCGCCUACGAGCCCACAGGCUGCUCCGUCACCCCAAGCCGAUCGUGACUCUGGUCGUUUCGACUUCGGCGUCGACCCGCGGACAACACAAUGGGCUCAACAACCACUGGCACCACCUCCUGUGCCUCGUUCUGUGCCUUCUCAGCCUAUGCCUCAUGCGAUACCGCCGCAACACUUUGGUCAUGCAAUGGUCCUACCGAACCGAGCGCAGGCUUCGCCUUCGCCAACACUAUCAUCCCGAGCCUCCCCACCUCAAGUACUGCCUCUACAGUCAAUACCCUCCGGGCCUGAUUACCUUCGAGCUGAGAUGGAAAGAAUUCGCCUUGCCGCAGAGCCUAUGAGCCCGGUCGAGAGGCGGCUAGGCGUCCAUCUGGCGCACCUAUCCUCUUCCCCUGAACCCCUGGCGGCGUCUCUGGGCCUCGGCAUGGGCCACAACUAUAGUGACCACGGGCCAACAUCGCACCCCGAUCGACGUAUGACUGGCGCCAGCUCUGACCGACUCAGCUCAAAUUAUGACAUGACUAGCCCGCAUACUAGCAACAGGGGCUCGACCCUAUCCAGCGCCACAAGCUAUAUGUCGCCUCCACGGCACUAUAGUCACAAAUCCCCCGCCCCCGCAUUGUACGAGCACGACGAUAUUUCGCACUCACCAUCCUUGACCGUGGCAUCGCUGCAAACGCGAGAUGCCAGGGUACCGAGCCUUUCGGAGCGCGAGAACAAGUCCAUCCUGAUUGAGGAAUGGGCGUCAUCAGACAGGUCAACGAUUCCAGAUACCACAUCCACCAUAGGCAACCCGUCGUGGAAAGUAGUUGAUCUGGUCAUCGGACCCGAUAGUUCCUUCUAUGAGAGGAAGGGGUUCUGCAAAGGGGCGAAAAUUUUCAAAGAAAGCGGACCUGGUGAUGCUGUCAAGAAGGUUGGUGGUGCAGGAGAUGUGCCAAAACCGACGCCAUACACACAGGAUAUUCUGUACGGACACAUGUUCGGCGCACCGCCCCCAGUAUUCGCAGACGCCAGGGCGCAAUGCAUGCACUGCGAGUAUGAGCACAAACACAGCCAGCUGCUGCAGGAUACUGACAAGGAGUCUAUUGCCGAUCUCCAAGGCGAAGGCAUCCGUUACCGUCGACGAUUCCUCUACAAGUCGCACAUGGCGACCAGGCACAUGACCAAGACCUCCUAUGGAUGCCCUUUCUGUGUUCACAUUGGCUCAACCACCUACGAAGGCGACGCCACCGUCUUCCAGUCCGCCGCCCUUCUCCUGCGUCAUCUUGCCCGCCACCCACAGCCACUCCCAGACGUCCCCGGCCUGACUGUCUUGUAUGGCACCAUUACUGGUGAGCCUAACGAGCACGACUUUGAUAUACACUUUCCCAACCCCGCCGCUCCACCAGGCGGGCCUCCAGACGGCGGAGCGUCGCUGCCGUCGGCUGUCGCUACACGUGAUCAUGUCCAGAUGCCAGAUGAGAAGCCCCUCGCCCGGCCUGAGCCCGGCACAGACGUCCUUCAGUUCUUUGCAGGAGCGCGGAUAAUCGGCGUUGAAUUCCCAGAACGCUGGGGCGGCAAGUGGUGUCUCGGGUGGCACGACGGCAUCUUUGGCGCCUUCCAGGCUCGAUGGGUCCAGCUCGAGGCACCGCGAAGGGGCAAGCUAGCUGGACAGGCGCCACCGCGCACGCAGCGAAGUGGUGUUGCUAGGUGGAAAUGGGAUGUCAAGGCCGGAACUGGGCCUGGCUGGUUGGGCUUUGACAAGGGAGAGACCAUUACAAACCUGGAUUGGGACGAUCCGGAUGCUUGGUACUGGGUCGGUACUACCAGCAAGGGAAAACAUGGCAUCUUCCCGACUUCUCAUAUGAAGAUCGAGACCAUCAAGGACGGUUCGCUGGAAGGGUUGACCUCGCCAGUCAAGCCCAAGAAGCGAGGGUUCUUCGAAGCCGACGACCUCGUCGAAGCUUCCCACAUUGGCCUCGGUCCUCCCAUUGUGCUGUAA